CAAGCGAAAAAUUUAAUUUACAAUCGUUUCUCCAUACAUAUGAAAAAGUUUUUUUAAAUUAAAAAUAGUCGAAUAUAAAAAUGAAGGGCUUCUCAAUUAUUGUUCUUUUGUUAUUUAUUUUUUCGAAUAUCGAUAAAAGUACAACAAGAAGUGUUGGAUCAAAAAUUGAAAAAUGGUUAAACAUGAAAGUUGAGGAAUUAAAUGAACAAUGUGAAUCAAAUGAUAAAAGUGAUUUUGAACGUGAAUUAAUACACGAUUAUUAUUAUGAAGUUCAGGAUUACACGGCUAAAGAUGAACAAAUGAUUUUAAAUAGUGAUGAUUAUUUUUUUAAUGUAACAUAUAAUCCAUCUAUGUUGCAAGCAUUAAAAAAUGUUAUUAAAAAUAUUCAAAAUUGUCUCGAUCAAGAUGAUCGUCUAAAUCCUGUGGAAUUGAAUAAAGUUAUAAAUAAAGUACUCACAAUGCACGCCAAUAGAUUACUAAAAAUUGCUCCUACUAUUGAAAAAGACAUUAUGAUGUGCGAGAAGAUUAUGGAUUUGGAAAAAUGUGCAAAACCCUACAUGCAUCUUGUUCGUGGAGGUCCUGGUUUCUCUAAUGAUCAAUUGACAAUUUUACAGGUUCUUGUUCCAGCCUACGUUAUAUCACCUUCCUGCGCGGAUAUUCUUCCAUUGGAAAAAUGUUUUAUGAAACACAUGCAAAAAUGUAAUUCAAAUGCCAAAAGAUAUUUUCAAGUUGUUCUCACACCGUCAGAAGUGAAUGAUGGUAUUUGUCAAAAUUUCAUUCAUGACACUAAUAAUAAUUAUUCAAAUGAUGAAGAUAAUGACAUUUUUCAUCAAGAUGAAAAUAAUGAUGACAAUGAUGAUAAUGAUGAUGAAGAUGAAACUAAAGCCUCUCUAAGAAAAUUAUUUCACUUGUAAAAAAUGAUUAAAAACAAAAACAAAAUAGAAUUGUAAUUUUACCUAUCGUUGCAAAUAAUUAAAUAAACAAAAAAAAUUUAA